CAGUUCUUUCUUUGCAGUGAAUCUAUCCAGGUGUCUUGAUCGCGCCCGAUCAGGACUCUGUGAGCUUGUGUUGAAUUGAGUGUGCGUGUGUGACUAAAGUGUAAAGGCUUUCCCGGAAGGCAGUUUACCAGCACAAGGAAACCUCAAGGAUAGCGCAGAUUUUUCCCGCCCAAAAGCAAACCCGUGUGCAACUAUGUUUAGAUUUAUUCUGGUGUCAACGUUGCUGGUCGCGGCCGCGUCCGCGCAGUACCAGUCCCAGGGCGGCUACAACCGUGACCCGAAGACGGCAGCGAUCCUGAGUGAGCAGCGCUACCUUUCCGGAGACGGAAAGUUCGGCGCCGCUUACGACCAAGAGGAUGGUACCAACUUUAAGGAGGAAACGGAUGCCGAUGGUAACCGACGCGGUUCGUACAGCUACCUUGACCCGUCCGGACAGAGAAGAACCAUCUCCUACGUCGCUGGCAAAAAUGGAUUCCAAGCUUCCGGUGACCAUCUGCCAGUAGCCCCAGCUCCACCACCACAUGCCGCUGCUCCGGCUCCUCAGCCUCAGUACCAGCCCCAGGCUCAAUACCAGCCAGAACCUCAGUACCAGCCGCAGUUCAGCAGCAGUGGCCGUAGCUACGACAACCAGGGCUACGACGAUGGACAGUACGAUCCUCGCUGGAACGACCCAUCUUUCAGCCAGCAGCAUUCGCCUCGUCAGUCCGCCCCAGCUCCGGCCCCAGUCCAUCAGCCAGCUCCAGUCCAGCACAACUACCACCACCAGCCUGCCCCGGCUCCGGCUCCGGUCGCUCCUCAGUACAACCACUACAACAACGCCCCGGCUGCCCCUCGGCAACCCGCUCCCCAGGAGUGGACCACCCAGGCCCCGCACCGAUUCCAACCUCCAGGCAAGCUGCAGCUGAACAGAACUCCUGACGGUUUCAGCUACACCUUCAACAAGGUCUAAGUCAUCCCGAGAGAGUUAACUAGAGUGCGAUCGAGUGUGAGCGAGCGAACGAGAGAAAGAGAGAGAGAGAGAGUGAAGUUACAGAACCCUUGCGAAGGAUUCCCUUUCCCACCACGUGUCCACGACCUCACCCAAUCCUACUCCUCCUCCCACACCCGUUUGACCUGCGCGUGUUCUGUUCACUGUUUGUUUUUUUGUAGUCGAGUUAAGAGUUACUGUCUGUUGUGAUAUUGUACGUAGGAGAGAACUGCUUUUAAUGCACUCCAAAUGCCAUCUACACUGUCUGAGGUGUAGAUGGUAUUUAAGCAUCCUCAACUUUUGUUUUUACCCUCAAGCGAGAACCAAUCUUCCGGAACAUUGUAAUUGUAAUCAAUUAAAGAAAAAAGAAAAAAAUGCGAAAGAUAAAACCAAUCUAAACACACAAA